GACAAGACUUACGAGUGGAGCUCUGAGGAGGAGGAAUCCGUGAGGAAGGCAGGGCCAGUGCAGGUCCUCAUUGUCAAAGAUGACCACUCCUUUGAGCUGGACGAAGCCGCCCUGAACCGCAUCCUCCUCUCCGAGGCUGUCAGAGACAAGGAGGUCGUGGCUGUGUCCGUGGCUGGAGCUUUUAGGAAAGGAAAAUCAUUCCUGAUGGACUUCAUGCUGCGGUACAUGUACAAUAAGGAAGCAGUGGACUGGGUUGGGGAUUACAACGAGCCUCUGACUGGUUUCUCCUGGAGGGGCGGCUCUGAGCGGGAGACGACCGGGAUUCAAAUCUGGAGUGAGGUUUUCCUGGUGGACAAGCCCGAUGGCACCAAGGUCGCCGUGCUGCUGAUGGACACGCAGGGCACUUUUGACAGCCAGUCCACCCUAAGGGACUCAGCCACCGUGUUUGCCCUCAGCACCAUGAUCAGCUCCAUCCAGGUUUAUAACUUGUCCCAGAAUGUGCAGGAGGAUGAUCUGCAGCACUUGCAGCUUUUCACCGAGUAUGGCCGGCUGGCCAUGGAGGAGACGUUCCAGAAGCCUUUCCAGUCCCUUAUAUUCCUUGUUCGUGACUGGAGCUUCCCUUAUGAAUUUUCCUAUGGAUCUGAUGGUGGUGCAAGAUUUUUGGAGAAGAGGCUGAAGGUGUCAGGCAAUCAGCAUGAAGAGCUGCAGAAUGUCAGGAAGCACAUCCAUUCCUGCUUCACCAAAAUCUCCUGCUUCCUCUUACCUCACCCCGGCCUCAAAGUCGCCACCAACCCCAAUUUCGAUGGAAAACUGAAAGAAAUAGAUGAUGAGUUCAUCAAGAACUUGAAGAUUUUGAUUCCUUGGCUUCUUAGUCCUGAAAACCUGGACGUUAAGGAGAUCAAUGGAAACCAUAUCACCUGUCGAGGCCUUGUGGAGUAUUUUAAGGCCUACAUAAAGAUCUACCAAGGGGAAGAGUUGCCACACCCCAAGUCAAUGCUGCAGGCCACAGCAGAAGCCAACAAUUUAGCAGCAGUUGCCACUGCCAAAGACACCUACAGCAAGAAGAUGGAAGAGGUGUGUGGAGGGGACAAGCCCUUCCUGGCUCCCAGCGACCUGCAGGCCAAGCACACGGAGCUCAAGGACGAGGCCGUGCGGCUUUUCCGCGGCGUCAAGAAGAUGGGAGGGGAGGAGUUCAGCAGGCGUUACCUGCAGCAGCUGGAGGCUGAGAUUGAUGAGCUCUACAUCCAGUACAUCAAACACAACGACAGCAAGAACAUCUUCCACGCUGCCCGCACCCCGGCCACGCUCUUCGUCGUCAUCUUCAUCACCUACGUCCUGGCCGGCGUCACCGGCUUCAUUGGCUUGGACAUCAUAGCCAGCCUCUGCAACAUGAUUCUGGGCUUGACACUUAUCACACUCUGUACCUGGGCUUAUAUCAGAUACUCUGGGGAGUACAGAGAGCUGGGAGCAGUUAUAGACCAAGUGGCUGCAGCCUUGUGGGACCAGGGAAGCACCAAUGAGGCCUUGUACAAGCUGUACAGCGCUGCCGCCACCCACAGACACCUGUACCACCACGCCUUCCCCGCGCCGCCCGCCGAGCCCGCCGAGGGCUCCGACAGGAAGAAGGUGUAG